GCAGUUCUCCUCUGUCGUGCAGGGUCGCUAUGAGUCAGAAUUGACUCGAUGGCAACGGGUUUGGUUUUUUUGGUUUGCUCACCAGCUGCAGGGAGAUGGGUUUAUUCCUGAAAUCCAUGGAAUUGGAUGAUGGGUGGGGAUGUUUGGAGUUUGGAUUGCUAAAUCUUUCAAGUACAAGAGGACCCAUCCCUGAAGCGCAUGGGUUGAGUAAACAUCACAGGACUUUUUUUUUUCUUCCCCACAGGGGAGAGAUUGGAUGGGUGUGUGCAGAGUUUACAGUGAAACUUUGCUGCCCUGGAGGGAGGACAUGUGGGCAGCAUUGGAGCAAAAGCCCGGGAGUGGGAGAUAUCCAAGUAGAGCGCAACUGGUGGAACUUAGUUGGGGGCCAGGCAGGUGUGCUGAAGGCUGUUUCCAUUUUGUCAGUGAAGGCACUUUGCCCUGUCCCCACCAGGCUGGCUCCUUGCAGGUGUUUAGGACAUUUAGGACAUAGUGUGGCACUUUGGAUAACAAAAGGAGCAGAGAUCUAGGUGUCAUCCCAGGUGACAAGCAUCUCAUCUGAAGAGCAUUAUUUUGAGGCCCCUCCACCUCUAUUUCUUGACAUCCGGCUCUGACCAGAGCUUAGAGCUUUAUGUGGUGAGGAGGAGGAGCCUUGGAACCCGAAGAGGAGGAGAGCAUGAUGCACUUUGGGUUUUAGUCUUAAAUGUCCAGACUGACAGGCUUUUCUCAUUCUCUUGACCCUUUUUCCUAUUCCCAGAUAAAUUUUAGAAUCUGUAGAAAGCUGUAGUUUUGAAAAGAAGAUGAGGCAGGAAAAGGAAGGGCCCUUCAGAAGAGAUCUAAGUGAGUUUUGAAGAGAGGUACUUCCUUCCCACCCUUUGUUCUCCUCUUGAAGCCUGCCAGGAAAGGUCCAAAGGGCCAGGGAGGCAGAACCUGCCUGGCAUCUGCAUUUCCUUCCUGAAUUGUGCCCUGUGUAUGCUGGGGCGCAUGUGUGCAUCCCUGGGUGGGUGGGGGCAUCUGAGACAUUUGGCUGUGGCUGCAGUGCUGCUGCUGCAGCUCUGGAAGGGUGCGAGUGAAGGUCACACUGAAGUGACUACGGCUCUGAGUCCUAGCCCAGCAGUGUAUCUGUGGCCCAGUCCUUUGGAAUCGCACCCUCUUGCUGCUGAGGAGCAAAGGAGAAGCGUCUGGGUUGGCAGCUGUAAAGUAACAACCUCAGAGCAUCCUACAGGAGUUGGCCAGGGCUGGUCUCUUUGGGGGCAACUUGAGGCUCACCUGAUGUUUGAAGGUUGUCCCUGUUGAUUUUUCUGACCCAUUUUCUAACAGGAUUCUCCUUGAUUUGAUUUUUGCAUAUUCUUGGAUGUGAUUUUUGCUGCUGUUCUUGAAGAUAAAAGGCUCAUUGUUUUCUACGAAGUUUCUUCUGAGGGUGCAGAAAUUCUGGCCUCCGAGUUGGGAGUAUUUUUCUGCACUGUCGACUUUCUCUAAUGGGAGGAGAACCUCAGGAGCAGCAUCCUAUAAACUGGAAGAUUUACAUUAUUUGACUCAUUCUGGAGGAGGAGAGCUGUUAUCAGGAAGUAAAGACUUAGAGCCCUUUUUUUUUUUCCUGCUACUUUUUUGCUUGGUGUGAUGUUUUUCUCAGACCCUUCUGUAUGCUUCUUAUGUCCUGGGGGACCUUUGUGGAGCUAGAAAAUAGCAAGCUAACUAUUUACCUACCAGCCUGGAGCAAGGAGCCAGAUUGGCGGACCCACCACGUAGAAAGGAGGGCAUAGCCGUUCAUGCUUCUCCAAGAGAAGGGCCCGGCGAGUUCCACCCAGGGUCUGGGAACUGAAUUGAUUUGUAUGGGUACACCAAGGGCUUUUGUCUCGGCUCUCUGACCUCACAGCUUUGAUCUAGGGGUUAGCUGUUGCUCUGUGUUACAAACGCAAGCCACCUGGAGGAGUGCCACUAGCCCUCACACCUCUGUGGAGUUCUGGCCACUGUGGGGACUUGCUGGCAUGACUUCUCUAUCAGGUUAUUGCUAGUAUCUCCCAUAAUGUAUGGUCACUGAAAUGGAGAAGAGAAGAAAGUGAUCAGUGAGGGUGCCUUUGGAUAGCUUCUGGAAGUCAGGACACAAGCUGGGUGUCCUCUUUUGGUGGCUUUGUGUUAAUAGCUUGUACUGUCAUGUUCUGCCCCAGAGCAGAGAUGGUUGGUACAUGCUCUUAGGGUGAUUAAGCCUCCAAGAAGCUUGGCCCCUUCCUGGUUUCCCCUCGAGGGCUAUUGUUGGGAGGUUCUCCUGUGUUAACCUCUCUGUUUUAAUGAACUCAUUUGGCAAGUCUUGUUGUGGAAAAUGUAAGUGGGGGAAGGGCUCUAAGAAGCCAGCUCCGAAUGUGAGUCAGAGACCCGGGAAGUAGCUGGUGUGGGACAGGUUUGCACCGAAUCACAGGGUUCUAAAUGGGAUGCCAGAAGGGCACAGAGGGUCCUAGCUGCUGGGUUUUUUGACAGGAAGUAUAUAGUGUCACAUGCAACGAAAUGUUUGAUGAUGCUUUAAGAGCCUCGAGCCAAUUUCAGAGCCUGAAGUUGACACUGUUUUCUUUCUCUUAUAGUCGAGUCGUCCUGCCCGUGUCUGUAGAUGAGUAUCAAGUGGGGCAGCUGUAUUCUGUGGCUGAGGCCAGUAAAAAUGAAACGGGUGGUGGCGAAGGUGUGGAGGUCCUGGUGAACGAGCCCUAUGAGAAGGAUGGCGAGAAAGGCCAGUACACACACAAGAUCUACCACUUACAGAGCAAAGUGCCCACGUUUGUUCGAAUGCUGGCCCCAGAGGGAGCCCUGAAUAUACAUGAAAAAGCGUGGAAUGCCUACCCUUAUUGCAGAACCGUUAUUACAAAUGAGUACAUGAAAGAAGACUUUCUGAUUAAAAUUGAAACUUGGCACAAACCAGAUGUUGGCACCUUGGAGAAUGUGCAUAAACUGGAGCCCGAGACGUGGAAACAUGUGGAAGCUGUAUAUAUAGACAUUGCAGAUCGAAGUCAAGUACUUAGCAAGGAUUACAAGGCAGAGGAAGAUCCAGCAAAAUUUAAAUCUAUCAAAACAGGACGAGGACCUCUGGGCCCCAAUUGGAAGCAAGAAAUUGUAAAUCAGAAAGACUGCCCGUACAUGUGUGCAUACAAACUGGUUACUGUCAAGUUCAAGUGGUGGGGCCUGCAGAACAAAGUGGAAAACUUUAUACAUAAGCAAGAGAAGCGUCUGUUCACAAACUUCCACAGGCAGCUGUUCUGUUGGCUCGAUAAGUGGGUUGACCUGACUAUGGAUGACAUUCGAAGGAUGGAAGAAGAGACAAAGAGACAGCUGGAUGAGAUGAGACAGAAGGACCCAGUGAAAGGAAUGACAGCGGAUGACUAAAGCCACCCCUCCCCCUUCUGCACUUUUUGCAAGACAGUGGUCAACAGGAAGGCCCAGCAGCUCCACCUUCCCGAGCGACAGGCCAUCUCCGGACGCAGCCUUUCUGUGCCCAUUCUUCAGGCACCUUUCGAUCCCUUACUGUAGCUAAUCCUAGAUGCCCUUUCCUAUUGUGAACAAAUAGACCGUCUGGUAUUAUGAAGCCCGUGUGUGUGGGAGCUGCCCCGCUGAGAUGUGUGGCAUGUAGGUUGCUGUAUAUACAGCUCCUCCCUCUCUCUCCAUUGUGUUCUGACCCAUUUCUCUGUGUGCCCCCCCCCACCGAGCUUUAUUUCCAAGUGACAUUUUUAGUCUUUCAAAAUAGCUGCCUUUUGUGAUGUGGUGAUUUAAAUGAUUUAAGUUUAUUUGUUUUUAACUUUGGGAUAAACUGAGGUAUUUUGCUUCCAGGGCAGAUCUUUGCAAUUUUGAGUGCUCACCUGGGGAGAGGGGAUGAGUUAGAAAUACAGCGUUUUUCCCCCCAGUUCCACAGAAUAGCAGUGUAGCUUCAUAACUCGGACAUCUGUUCCCAGUAACCCAUUGUUAGAGUGCUCUCAGCACCAAGGAAGCACCCAAGGCCCAGCCAGUCUUUUUAAGAAAAUUUAACAAGUACAGAUAACCCCAGCACCAGGCAUUGCACCUCUGGCCACUAUUCCUAGAAAAACCUAUGACUUCUCAGCCCUCCUGUUGCCCACUCUUAGUCUGAACCUCUCUGCAGAGGCUGCCAUAUGCCCCAGCCAGCUCUUCACCUGGAGGACCUUGUCCAGUUUGGCCCUUAGAAUUAAGUCUGCCCCGUAUAUACUCAUCAGUCUUACCCCCUGAGGAGCUCUGUAUGUCCAUGCUCCUAUUCCCUUUUGGGCUGGUGCUGCCACUCAGCAAUAAUCCUCUUUUUUCUGUGCUUUCUUAGAUCCCUGUCCUCUGUCUUUGAGGCUGGUUAGGGCCCGAGUCCUGAUCUUUUCAUGCUGCACAAAACGAGCACGCAAAAAGCUUCCUUCCCAGCAAAUCAUGUUCCCUCUUGUCUCCAGGGUUGCUGGAAAGGAAUCUGGGGAUCAGGGAGUCAGCUUGUCCUGUCCCCAUGCUGAGUUCUGUCCUGGACAAUGAGAUGCAGGUAGCGAUUGUAGUACAGAACUCUAGCAAAGUAGGCUGGUGAGGAAGUCCAAGCUCCAGGUGGAUGGAACCUGCUGAGGGGCUCACAGUUCCCUAUAACUUGGCAGAACUGGAGUAUGCCUGCCUGGUGGGAGAAUCUGAGAUAGCUGUGGUGUCACCUGACAUUUCUCUCCCAAACCUUGUGAAGUCUGCUGGCCUGAAUGUGCAGUCAUCCAGGCCCAAGCUAGCCUGGAUGCAACUGCUAAUAAGAGAUGGAAUCUCUGUGAGGGGAGCGAGGAGUGGGAUGGGAUAAUUUAUCCUUAUGUUUUUGUCAGUUUGCUUUGCCUUACUCAUUUCUAAGUGCAAUAAGGGAGUGUCUCACAGGAUUGCACCUGUGACACCCCGAUGGAUGCUUCCCUGUGGCCCUUCUGGGGCAGGGUUCGACAGACUCAGACCCCUUAGGGUGAUUAGCUGACCUUCACUGAGACCCCUGUGGGACCAGGAGAUGUCCUGUUACAGACACCUUAUUAGUCUCCUCACCUUGUGGAGCCUAUAGUAAUGGAUCUGGGGCAUUUCAGUUAGUUAUUAGCAUCCCAACUGCUGGUAGCAUUUAUUUGACUGGGAAGUUGGAGAAGAGGCAUUCCUACUGGAGAAAAAUAUAAAUGUUUUCCUACAAGCUGUUUUAGCUAUUACUUUUAUUUGUGCUUAAAGAGUUCCAUUUUUCAGUCAUUAACUAAGUGAAGUCUAGAUGUGGGUUAUCCUGAGAGAAACAAACUGAUAUUCUAAGCAGACAGUUGUUUUUGUGAUUUGAGGAUCAGCAGAUGUCUUCUUCCUUCAGCUCUUUGACAUCCACACAUAUCACUUCAGCUCUAGUGGGGGCUUUUCCUUUAGCUGCCUUUUCUCUGGCUCUUCUCACCUUCACCUGUUGCCCCAGUUUAACCUGGAAUAAAAGCAUCUACAUGAGCUGAAUUUCCUGAGGUCAGCUUGGAUCUUGGGCUCCUGCCCACAUAAACAUGGAAGAGGCAGGUCCCUGGUCCAGUUCAUCCUGAUGGAUGGUGUUGCUGCUGGGCAACAGUGGUCGACCUCUUUUACAUACCCCCUUCCCUCUUCACCCAUCUCCCAAACCGGCUAGCACUCAGAGGGGCUUAUGAUGAACAGCUCAGCUCCAGGGGUAGUACCCGAGUAUGUGCCACACCCCUUCAGACCAGCUGGUUCCAUUAGAUUUCCAGGGACAUACUCCUGUCUGGAAGCAGCAGUGCCUCUGUAGAAGGGGUACUGGGCUCAGGCCUUCUCAUGGAGAGAGGUCGGGGACAGGGUCAGUAUUGUGGGCACAUGUAUACCUUCCCAAGUUCUCUUACAGUCCCUGCCGGGACCCCCCUGACUUGUUUUGGUUGGUUCCUAGUGCUACUUCUUUUACAAAAUACACUUUGUAGAAUUGAUUAGAUUACCUUGUUUAUUUAAUGUGAGUUUGUGCCUUUUUGUCUCAAUCUUCCAAUACAGGUAUAUUGGGAAAAAAAGCAGUCUAAUAAAAUUCUAGACAGAGCUCUCUGGAGUCCAGCUUAUUGGUGAUGUCCUUAUGUACAUUUUACAACUUAGAUAUUCUCAAAUUCUUGCUGAUGACCCCUAUUUUACCAGGGAAGGAUUAGGGAAGGGUGCAAGAUGCGUCUAAAAAUUUGUGCAGGUGGAUUUCUGUAAAUUAAAACAUUCCCUGAUCAAUUUCCAUAUGCAAACAUUGCAUAUCUGAGUAUAACUUAGUUUUGUACUGGUAGAUUGCCUUUGUCUCCCCUCCUCUUCACAUCUCCCUCUCUACCAAGCAAAGCAUUUAAAGUGAGAGUUCUUAGCCUGGCUUCUGGGUCUGGGAACCUCCUGAGGCUUGCUUGUAAAAUUGUGUGUGCAUUUUUCCGGGGAGAGUCAUGUCUCUCAUCAGAUCCUCAAAGGAAUCCCAUCCUUCCCCCAACCCCCAAAAAAAGAGUAAGAACCAAAUGAUUUGAAGGAAAUCAUAGUAUUUCUUUGGCAAAAUAGCCUUCAUUCAUAUGUCUGGUUGUAAAAUAGAGGCGGUGACUUGUUUUUCAUUCAUUGAUGGUUAAUUUCUAAGAGUCCAGGAGCCCCAAAAUGUCCCGUGUGCAAUAAGUAAUCCAAUGAGUUUUAAAAGCGUAAAACACUUGAAAGUGGGAGUAGAGAAGGAAAACCAAGAAAGGAGGAGCUUGAUGAUCAACGUGAUAAUUGGAGAAAUUGCCUGUAGUUCGUGGGGAUGAGACUGGAUUACAGGCAAGACAGCGGCUAGACUACCUCACCCCCUUCAUCAUUUGGGUCUCUGGCCGUUGGGAAACUGGAGGAAAGACAGGCAGCGGUCAGCGACCUCAGAUUCAUCUUCAGCAAAAGGGACCACCAGCCUCGGAGAGUUAAC